AUGGUGUUCCCUCCCAUUCUGAAUCCCCUCAUAUAUGGUCUAAAAACUAAAGAAAUUCGCCAAAAUGUUCUGGGUUUCUACAAACGAAAGGUAUCUUCAGUUAAAUGAGAAGAAAUACUGUACAUGAACAUGUAUAAUACAUGGCAUUCGCUUCAGAUAGUUUUUAAGGCCUUCCCAAUAAAAGAAAGAUAUGCUCCUUUGUAAAUCAGUCUGUCACGGUUUCGGCCGAGGCUGCUUCUCCUCCUUGUUCGGGCAGGCUUCGGCGGUCGUCGUCUCCGAAGUACUAGCUGCCACCGUUCUAUGUUUCGAUGUUCGUUUGGUUUGGUCUGUUUGUACACCUGUUCUUUGUUAGUGUUGAUUAUGUGCCCUAUAAGUUCUCUUAGGUUUUGUCAUGUGUUGUGUGUAAUUGUUUCGUGUCAGCUUGGCGUCAGUUUGUUCUCUCUCGUUCUGUUUUGUUUGGAGAGAGUGUCCGCACUGUGUGCGCAGUUUGGGUUACGCUCUGUUUCCUGUGUGCGUAAUUGUUUCGCUUGCCCUCCGGCUGGGAUUUUGCCGUAAGUCUUUUUGCAUUAUUUGAUCCUCACUAAAGACUGUUGAAGAGCCUCUGUUGUCCUGCGCUUGAUUUCUGCACCACAUCUACGCUCAGCCCUUGACAUAGUCAAUGAAAAUUAGAGUUGUGUUCCGUCUUUUUGUGCAAGACAAUUAGUAAUUUCAUUGAUUUGUUAUAGGUUAAAAUGUGUAAUGGGUUAAUAUUGGUUAUGGGUUGGCUACAGCAUGUUGACUACAUUUUGUGUAACUUGUUUUGUUUUGUCAGUCUUCACCAUUUUAAUAACAAUAACAAUCUAAGACAGCACAGUAGAUCCCCUUCCUCAAAAUAGCUGUGUGUGUGUGUGUGUGUGUGUGUGUGUGUGUGUGUGUGUGUGUGCAGCUUGAGCCUGACUGACUUGACGUUCAUGUAGAAUAAAAACAGUAGAUUUGAUAGUUAAACAAUAUAUAAUGCGCUAUCUGGAGGAGCUGAGUAACACAAGUAGAAGACAAAUGUCAAGUUGGCUGGUGGGGAAAGAAGAUAGGUUGGAGCGAUCCAGAGAGAGAGGGAUACAGAGAGAGAGAGAGAUAUGCGAGACAGAGCAAAAGAGCAGAGAGAAUAGAGCGAGAGUGAUAGCGAUGAGAAAGCUAUAGAGAAGAUAGCUCGAGAGAUUAUUCUAUAUCUAGUCAUCUCUCUCGAUCUCUACUCUCUAAGAUCUCUCUCUCUCUCUAUCGCGCUAUCUCUCCUACUCUCUCUUCUUCCUUCUUCCUCGCUCCUCUCUCUCUCGUCACCCUCCUUCUCUCUCUCUCUCCCAUAUUGUAUAAUUGUUAUGCCUGUUCUUUGUCCCCAUGAGAAGGUAGGGCUAUCUGUGAAAGAAAGACAGACUCACUGAAAUUCAAGAUGCAAUGAAUGGCCUAUAUAAUGGCACCACAGUAUAACAAGUCAGUCAUUUCAGUUUUUGAGAGGUGUACAGUAGGUUUUUUCUAGUAUAAAUCAUUAUUGGAUCCCCUUUUUAAAAAUCAAGAAAUCUGAACUGGACCAAUGGAUAACUUUUGAUCAAAUCCAUCAUCUGUUUUGACACUGGUCUUGAUUCUCACCAUCGUACUCAAUAGGAAUCUCCACCAGCCCAUGAACCUUCUGCUGCUAAAACUACCCAUCAAUGACCUUAUAGGCUCCACAGCACUCUAUACACAGGUCAUCAAAGAGCUUUUACUUGACACAAGGACCAUUCAAUACGCUGUUUGUGUCACACAAGCUUUAUUUAUUAAUAUCUAUGGGACGGGAGCUGUGUUCAUCCUGACUGCUAUGGCAUAUGACAGAUAUAGGGUGGUUUGUAGAGGGACGUCCGUGGUGCUCAUCUGUCCUCAGGACGGCAUGGAAGCCAUCCCCAACCCCUUCAUCCAGCAGCAGGACGGAUAGUCGGCCAGCCUCGUUCUCUAGGAUGACCUCACAGUAGUCCAAUUCCUGGUGUGUAUGUCAAUUGUAUUUCCUUGAUUCCUCGCAUCCUCUACUUGCCUCCUUCUCAAAAUGCAUUGGAGGAGAAGAUCAGAGGAGAGGAACCUAAGAUCUACUCCAAUGUGCUUUGAGAAGGAGGGAGGAUGUGAGGAUUCUAUUAAAUAUUAUUGCGGUUAGUAUGAAAAAAAAAAUAUAUAUAAAAUUUUUAAAAAUGUAUGCACUCACUAACUGUAAGUCGCUCUGGAUAAGAGCGUCUGCUAAAUGACUAAAAUGUAAAUGUAAAAUAUAUUGCCAUAUGUUGCCCUUUGAGGUACAACACAAUUAUGACCAAUGCUCACAUCAUGAAAAUCAUCACACUGAUAUGGGUGUGUGACUUGAUUUUGAUGGGGGUGCUCUUUUUCCUGCUGCUUCGGUUACCACGCUGUAGAUCUCUGAUGGCACUCUCCUGCUGUGACAACCCCUCCAUGUUGAAACUGGUCUGUGCUAACACAGCCAUCAAUAACAUCUAUGGACUCUUUAUUCCUACCCUCAUACAGGUCAUAGUUGUUUGGACCAUUCUCUACACUUACCUUCAUAUACUUGUCACAUGUUUCAGAAAGAAAGGAUCACCUGACACUAAAAGCAAAGUUCUGCAGACUUGUGCUACACAUUUAAUAGUUUUCACCUCUUCACGUGUUUAUGGCUUCUCGUCGUUAUUUCAUACAGACUGA